AGGUGAAGUUAUUGCAUGCGUAUAGGAGCGAAAAUACACAACUACGAUAAAAUCAAAUCUUGUGGUGGAGUUUCUUUGUUAUUACUGUAGAAAUCAUCAGGCUUGUUAAAGUAUAAUUUAUUUAUUGCAUAUUCCCGUAAAUAGAAAGAUCAUUAUCGCGCAAUUAUUCAUUGUGGUGGUAUGUGCGUAUACCAGGUUUAGAUCAGCGAAAGAAAUCAUAGAUAGAUAUUACUCACGCAUAAUUAAUCGUACUUUUUAUGGGAGAUAAUACGUUUCUGAUUAUCACGGAUGGACGAGGUUAGUUGCAUAUGGUUCGAGGGUAAGUCUAAGAAUGGCUAGCGAUUUAUCGAGUGGGUGUACCGAAGCAAUUGAAGUGCUGGACGAGAAAGAAGAAGGUGAAAUAUCGUUGGAAGAUGUGAGUUCUUCCGAGGAAGGACACCCGAAUUAUGGAUACGGAACUAGAGCUUCUCAGUGCUCUAACUGCUUGUCAACGGAACACAAUACAAUGUGGUGCCCAGCUCCUGCCAAGUUUUAUCGUCCUAAAGGCCCUAACAGACGAGAGGUUGACCUUGUUCUACAAGAUGCAGUCCAAGGAAAAGAAAAUCGUCACCAGGUUAAAGAAACAGGAUGUUUUGGAGCCAAGCAUGUAGCCUCUACACUUCAGGAAAAAAACGAUGACCUUGUGCCUAUCUCAAGUGAUAGUGAUAUGGAAAUCGUUGGUCUUGCAGAUAAUUCUAAACAAAUUGUGAUACGUUCAUCAAAAGUUAAAAUGAAGAAGAAGAAAAAGAGAAAAAGAACUCAUGCGUCUAUAUUGACAAUUGAUGAUUUAGUUUCUUCAUCCACUGUGGAUAUAUCUGUGUCAGAAUGUGUUGGUACAUUAAAACAUAAUAUAACAGAAACUAGUUCUUCGAGGUCACACCAUAGAGAAAUAAGUCCUCCUCGUAGACCUAACAGACCAAGAGUACCUUCGAGGUCACCUCCCAGAAGGCAUAGAUCACUUGUGAGACCACAUUCUCCUUUCAGGAGAUCAAAAUCUCCAGUUAUGCAUGCUAGAUCACCACCAAUGAGAAGGUCUCCCAGAAGGCUGAAAUCUCCUAAGCGUUCACCAUAUCGAUCACCAGGGAAAACAAUACCAAGAAAAACAUCUCAUAUUGAUUUGAUGUCUUCAUCUCAUAAUUACACCGAUAACCAUAAAUUAUUGAAAAAAGUUCGACAUUUAGAUUCAAUAGGAACCCAUUCAUUAGAACAAACUCUGAAUAAAAAUAAAGAGCAUGCUUCCUCUUUAAAAGAGAAGUUAUCACAUAUGAUGAAAGGAGUCUGUGACAAUAAUAGUGAUAUAACAAACUUCUCUAAGGAUGGGUCCAGUACACGAAUAAAUAAAACAGAACUUAAUGAUCCAGAUGACGAAGAAGACAUAGCAUUACUAAGACAAAAAGCACUAGAAACAAAACAAAAGAAAUCAAAUAAACAAAAUGAACAACCGAUUACUGAAAUUAUGAAAAAAGUAAGUACUUGUCUAGAUGAUGAUCAAGACGAAGAAGACUUGGAAUUAAGAAUGAUUGCACUUCGUUCAGCAGUAUUGAAGAAGCAUCAGAAUAGAGUUCAGAAAGGUAUGAAGUCGGGGAAAUAUAAGAAAUCUAAUGUAUCCCGGAGUGAGAGUCCAUUUACUCAAAGCUUUUUGGACAGUAUUCCUAUACCAGGUGAAGAAUUAUUGCACUUUGCAUCGCCACCACAUACUCCACUUCCUAUGCAUGAAAAUAAUCACACAGAAGACAUGGACAUAGAUACAGAUGUUGAAAGGGAAAAAGAAAAAUUACCAUAUUCUCCAACAGAUAAAAUUACUGUGAACAUACCUAUUGACACAGAAUUAUUAGGUAUUCAGCCAUCUGAUGUAUCAUUUAUCAAUCUUAACGAAAUUAAUAAUAGUCCAAGUUUUCAUGCAUCUGUACCAUCUAAUCAGGAUGAUCAGAAGUCUUAUCAGGGCAAAAUAAUUGAAAACCGAAGUUACUUAACGAAUGUUGCAUAUUAUGCAGCAUCACAAAAUACAUUUUAUUCUACACCAAAUACAAAUAUGCAAUAUUCACCGACAAAUACACCAGAGGCCACUAGAACUGGCUAUACAAAAGUACAUAAUCCUCAUGUAAAUGUUUUCAAAAGUAAUAAUACUUCCAACUUUGUAGAUAAUAAUUUAAGUCAGGAGACACCUUAUUCUCCAACUGAUACUCCUGUGUAUGAUCCUGAUUUAUCCCAUGCACUUUCACAGACUCUUGGGCCAAUUGCUACGUCAAAUUCUUCCUUAGCAUCUAUGGGUUCUUGCACUUCGAAUGUACAUGAAAAUAAUGAACAGUACAAUCAUAUAUCAGCAAUACAGCAUACAGAAACAAUAAAACAAAUAGACAAUACAAAUAUUGAUGAACAUUUAGAUGAUAUAGAAACACUUUCUAUGAAUCCUGCUGUUGGUUCUGAUGCAACAUCUUUAAGAGGGUCAGUAUCACCAGCCAGUUCAUUGAUAACAAUCGAUGAUCUCCCUGAAACUGAUGUGGAUGCAAGUCCGUUAAUUGACUCGAUUAAAAACGGAAAGAGUAUAGAAUGCAUUCCUGAAAAUGUAACAGAGAACAUAAAAAAUACGAUACCGGAACCCCUUUAUAUGAAGGGAAUACCAGAUGUUACCAAAGACAUAAAUAAAAUACCAACACUGAUUAGCAGAACACUUGUCCCUUCGUCAAUUUUAAAAACGAAUAAACAGUUGCAACAAACCUUACCUGUAAGGAAGACUAUAAUACCGCAAGAACCAACCUUUAAAAAUGCAGAAAUGCAGCCAGUUACUUUGAAUGAUGAUGCGACUACAAAGACAAAUACUUGUUUCAAACCAAUGAAAUUGAUGUCGUUCCCGCAAAAAUCACAUUCUGUUUUAACAAUACCUACUGCAUUUCACGAUUCUUUAUAUGAAGAUCACAUUAACAAAAUACCUAUCAAUGAAGAUGGCUCACAGGUAGAAAGUAAUAAUAAUGCAACUUUGGUACAAAAUAAUGAAACUGCGAAUGCAGAAUGUCCAGGUAAAACUUGUGAUAAUAUAAGUCAGACACAAAAGAAGAAAAAAUCUGCAAAGAAGGGAGUGAGAAGAAAAAGUACUGGUAGUAUACAACUGGUUACCAAAGAACAUAAUACAAAAGCUACAAAUAGUAAAAAUGUACAUAUGUUAGAUAAACAAAUAAAUAACACAGCUGAACUUGCAAAGUGUAACAAUAUAGAAGAUAACACAAAUCUAGUUAACUUAGAAACAUCAAAAGAUGGUGUUAAUAAAAGAAAUCGAAGUUCUUCAGAAACAAAUGAAAGCAAUGUACAGCAUAAAGAUACCUUCUCUGGUGAUGUAGCAGAACAAGUAAAAAAUACAGAUGAUAGAAGGCAAAGUUUAGAUGAAGAUGAGGAAGCACUAAGAGCAAUUUUAUUAGCUUCUUUACCAAAACGAACGAAAAUAACCAACCAAAAUCUGUCAACUCCAAGCACAACUGUGGCUGCAAUAUCAAAUAGUACCAAUCAGAUACUUACAAAUACAAAUCAAACUGUUCCCAAAGUUGCAUUGUCCAUAGCUGACACAGUAAAUGUAGCAAACACUAAGAGUUUAAUAUCUUCAUCCAACCAACAUGCAAAUUCCGUUGCUUCCGAGAAUGAUAAAAAUCAAUCGAAUUCAAAAGAAAAAGUAAAUAAUACAAUUGCUUCAGAAGAAAGUCCACCUAGCCAAACUGUUAAGACAUUACCUACCAUCAAUUCUGGGAGGAAAAGAUUAAAUCCUACGACUAAGGGUCCACAAAAGAAAGUUAUGAAAAGAAUUCCAAUUCCAGCAAGUACGAAAGUUGUAAACAAUGCAAAGAAGUACCAAAAUACAAUGAUUCAAAAGAAAUUAAAUGUACAAAAAGCUGUGCAAUACAGCAAACAGAAGAUAACAGAAAACAAAAUUGUUACUAAAGUACAUUCUAGUGACAAUAAAUGGUCAGCCAACACAAAAAUAGUGCCUGACACACAAAAAAUAGUGAUCAAUUUAGAAUCCGACACAGAAAGUGAUUCUGAAUCUGAACAGCAUGCCAAGAAAAUAGCAGCUUCGAUCAAUUCAAUGACAUCGGAUAAACAUCAAUCAACGGCGAAUCCUACAGCUGAAUUCGAAAAGAACUUAGAUCAAUUUUUGCGAGCUGUACGAAAGAAACAAGAAUCUAUGGCAGCUGCAAGACCAACUCCAAUAUCACAGACACCUAAAAGAGAUACAGCAUUGACAACAAAACUGGAAAAUUCGUCCAAUCAUACACCAUUGGCUGUACGUCAUUUACCUGCAUCCCAGCAAGAAGAAUAUCAUCGAUUGAAGCAACAGAUUUUAGAACGAGAAAAACUGAAACUACACAGAACUACAGAGAAUAACAGUUCAGUAAAGAAUACAAAUAUCCAAGCAUCAUCAAAAUCGGUGCCAUCCAACAGCCCAAAUAGAGAGUUACAUUCGAAAAUAAGUCAAAUUGGAUCUACAAAAAACCAAAAUUUAAAUACACAACUUAAUAAAGAAAAUUAUUCGAAGAAUUUAGAUGUAAUAAAACAUACAAAUACCAAUAAAAUAAAUAGUAUGGAUAAGGAAGGAAACACGAAUCCAAGCCACGCAAAAAUAAUAUCAAACUUAACGACAAAUCUUAACAUACGCAUAUCCAAUGAAAAUAGUUCAAGCAAAGAUGGUAACAGUAUUGGAAAAACUGUACAGUUGCCAUGUAAAGUAUUUGAAUCGCAGAAUGAAAUCGCAACGAAGCAUAUAGUUUCACAGGGCUUGAAAAUUCUGUCCACGGAUGAAGUAAAUCGAAAAUUUGUACAAAUUCAAGUCAAGAGUGACACGAAUGAACGAGUGGUAACAAUACAUGAUAAAGUGACCUUAAAUAACGAGACAGUAAUUAGUCAAAAUGAAAAUAUUUCUGGAAAUAAAGAUACUAGUAAUAAAAGUAUAGGUGAUCAAGAUAUCAAUCAACCUGUGCAAUCCGUUGAAAAUGAAAUAAUUACAUCUAAUACUCGCGGUAACAACGAUACAGUUGAUUCAGAUGCGUCGACUGUUAUUUUAUCAAAAAGCAGUCAGACAAUAGAAAAAGAGGAAAGUGUUGAUACAUCAGAAUCAACAAUUCGACUUUCACAAUAUGAGGGAGAUAAUAAUAGGUCACUAAGUUCCGUCGCAGACAGUAAGGAUGAUAGUUUUUCAUUGUUUAAUAGUAAUCUAUUAUCAAAUGACAAGAAGAGUAUAGAAGAAAAUUGGGAUACGAUUAAAAGGGACGUGAAAACGGAGCUAAACACUCUGAUGAAUCUUUCACGAGCGGAACAAGAACGACGUCUAAUGGAUACUGAACAAAAAUUAGUUUUGAAACGGUAUAAUAUUGUGACGGACUUGGCAGAAAUGUCUGGUAAUCUUCGUGAGUGGCAUGUGGAACGGGAUCUUCAGACAAACUUAGUUGCAGAAGUGAAGAAACUCAGAGAACAACUGAAAGUAGCUGAGGAAAGAUUACAACUGCAGCGUAAUCGUAUAAAUAGUAUAGGUCCUAAGGUAGUGUCGGCACAUGCGAAAAUCAAUACAGGCCGGCAAGAAUGUUUUAAACUUGCAAGGAUUUGUUCGAGUUUGGGAAGUAGAAUUGUAGGAAAAGAAUACAAAGUACCUGACGCUGGAGCACAACUUGUAGAUAGUAGAUUAAAAGAAGUGGCCAAUCACACGCGGGAACUUUCACGGAAGAAAGUACCAUCUAUCAGUCUUUCUGAAGCAUACGGCUCGGUGAGGUUAGAAGAUACUGUAUCAACUGUCCAUUCGGAUCUGUCACAAAGUAAAAUCUUGUUAGAAGAAGAAGAAGAAGACAUUGUAAAUAAUGUUGAUACAACAAUCUUAAGUAAGAAUGAUGACUAUUUAACGGAAACAAACGAAAGUGAAGAUACUGCACCUGCAGAAACUACUGUAGUAAAUAUAAUAGAACACGUGACAGUGAAUGACUCGUCCGUUAAUGAUAAUGAAGAUAAACCCCAAGAAAACAACAUGCAAGAAGAAGCAUCUAGUAGACAACUGGAUUUGUGUAGUGCCCCUGUUACAGUUUCUAGUAUUCCUCCCUUAAAAGACUCUCAAACACCGGACCAGCAAGAAUCAUCGGAAAACAAUACGUCUGGAUUAACCGCCGAAUGUAGCAACCAAGGCAGGACUUCUGCGAAACCGGAAGUGGAACAGCAGAUCAAGAAGAUGGUGUUACCUUAUGAAUCAAUAUUAGUACACUUCAAAGUGCCAAGGAAUACGAAUCCCAAUGGCGUCCUUUGCCCAUAUGAUCUGAUGGGAACGUGCAACGAUGGGGAAUGUCAUUUCGUUCAUCAAAGAGAGAAUCAAGCCAAGUAGCAUAUAGCUACUAAAGUGGCAUUGUUAAGUUAUACGUAAGGUGGUUUUAAUCUUUAAUCAUAAGAUUCAGAGGGCUUUAUGAAAUAAGAAUCCAAUCAAGCCUUUCAUUUAAAUCGAUCACAGUUUUCAGAAACUCGUCUCAACAUCAGAGCGGAGAAACUUUUCCUAUUCUAAGUGUUGUUACUCUUCGAAUUACAGAUACUGUUUCUGACGAAGCAAUAUCCUUAUAUGGGUAGCAUAAUCCUGAUAACAACCGAAGAAGUCACACCUGAAGAUGGUAAGUUCUCUUCAUCAUGGCAGGAGUUUGUGCACAAAUUAAGAUAACCAUUUUAUUAUGUAAGAAUCUUAAAUUUUAAA